AUGGAUUUGGUGGCUAGUAUACGCAAAGAAGGGAGUCGUGGCGGCCGCAACGAGUUCAAAUGGACUGACGUCCAGAACUCCACCCACCGCGAAAACUACCUGGGCCACUCGGUGAUGGCCCCAGUCGGACGCUGGCAACAAGGCAAAGAUCUAGGCUGGUAUGCCAAGGGCGAGGAAGGUGACCAAGAGGCAGAAGCCCGCAAGCAACAAGAAGAACGACAAAAAGUCAAGGAUGCCGAAGAAGAAGCCAUGGCCCUCGCGCUGGGUCUUCCACCACCAGUAAAAGCCCAAGUCCGAGAUAACGCCAACCUCGAACCCCUCGGCGGUCAAAAUCCAGACUCGGCCCGAGAAGAGUCAGCCAAAAAUGACAACAACGGAUCUGGUGCGGGGAAGUCGGACCGAGAAUCUCGCGGAGAUCGCGAUCGCGAUCGCAGAUACAGACGGGAGCGCAGUCGUAGCCCGCGGCGGGAACGAGAGCGACGGGGAGAUCGCAGUGAUGAUCGUGGUCGGGAUCGGGAUCGCCGUCAUCGCAGAGACCACGAUGAUCGGGCUCGUGGUCGGGAUCAAGAUCGGGAUCGGGAUACUAGAGAUCGUCAGCCUCGUGGCCAUCGGCAUCGGUCUUGGUCCAGGGAUCACGAUCGUCCCCACAGAAGACGAUCUCGUUCGCGCUCGCGAGACCGUCCUCAUCGCAAAAAUGAUGGACAUACUAAACAUCGACGAGCAGAUCGCAGUUACUCCCCCGCCGAGCGACGAGUUAAUGCUGAGCGACGCCGAGACUGA